GAAAAUGGCGGUGGGGAUGUGAUGUUUUGUCGUCGGUCAUCUUUACGUUGCGUUUUUUUUCGACAGCUGUUUAAUGUGUAGUGACGCAUAGGACAAAAUCCCAAGAUGACAUAAAACUGAGGUGGUUGUUGUUCCAUGAUGCCUGUGAUUAUGAAUGCACAAGAAAACAACAACAAUCAGGCGGGGAACAAUAUCCCAGGCCGUGCUGCUCCUAACCCCCUCCUCAAUGUACGAGACAGGCUGUUCCAUGCCCUGUUCUACAGAAUCGCAUUGGCUUAUGCCAGGGCCUUCCCAAAAUCUGUCAGAAGGAUUCUAGAAUUCACUAUAUUGGUCAAGGCUUUGGUUGUUUUGGGAAUUUUGGCCUACAUCCAUUAUGUAUUUGCCCGCUCCCCAAUCAACUGUCUUCAGCAUGUACAGAAGGAGUGGCCACGACAAGGCAUCUUGAGGGUGGAGAUCGUGAAGAACGCCUCAGAAAAUUACACCAUUGCCAACUCCUACGAGAAAGAGUACACAGAUCUGGAAAUAAGCUUUCUAGACAGUGAUAUAUCAGCAGUAACCAAGGAAAAUAACUCUGACGAUGUUUCAGAAGAGACAUCAGGAGAUGCUGAGAAUACUGAGAAUACUGAGAAAAGUUUGUUGUCGGAUGUGGAAGAUGUGCUAGUGAAUGUGAGUCAUGGUGACUACCCCCCAGUAGAGGAGACUAACAUGUCACUGCCAUACCACGAGGAGGAUGUGUCCCGGAGAAUGGCCAUGCAGCCUUUGAGGGAGACGUUGUCAGAACUUGAGAUGCUCGCCAAAGCAGUGUGGCCUGAGGAGAAGUACAUAGUGGAGUUUUCGCUUGAGUAUGGAUUUCUCCGUCUGUCUCCCAAGACCAGAGAAAGAUUAAACAUAACAGUGAUGCUGGUAACAUUGGACCCUCUAACAGACACCUGUUUUGGUGAUAGCUUCAGUCGUUUUUUGCUGGAUGAAUUCCUGGGUUAUGAUGAUAUCCUCAUGUCUAGUGUAAAACAACUAGCCGAGCAGGAGGACAGUAAAGGUUAUGUGAGGAAUGUGGUGACAGGAGAACACUACAGGUUUGUCAGUAUGUGGAUGGCAAGGAGUUCUUACCUGGCAGCUGCCUUCAUCAUGUUGGUGUUUACAGUCUCGGUGUCCACCUUGUUGCGCUACUCCCAUCAUCAAAUAUUUAUCUUCAUUGUGGAAUUACUGCAGAUGUUAGAGAUGAACGCCACAGCUGCCUUUCCAGCGGCACCACUCCUCACGGUCAUCCUGGCACUUGUGGGAAUGGAAGCAAUCAUGUCUGAGUUCUUUCAUGACACAACAACAGCAUUCUACAUCAUCCUGAUAGUUUGGCUGGCAGACCAGUAUGAUGCCAUCUGCUGUCACACCAGUAUCAGUAAACGACACUGGCUCAGAUUCUUUUACAUGUACCACUUUGCAUUUUAUGCAUACCACUAUCGGUUUAAUGGUCAGUACAGUAAUCUGGCUCUUUUUGUGUCCUGGCUCUUCAUACAGCAUUCUAUGCUGUUCUUCUUUCAUCAUUAUGAACUGCCGGCUAUUUUACAACAAGCUCGCAUACAGAGAAUCCUGGUGGAGUCACAGCGUGGUAACCAUGGUAACGCUGAAGGUCAAGGAGUGGGAGAGGAUGGUGGGGAGGGCGUGGGUGAUGUAGAUGGAGAGGACCCAGAAGAGAACGAGGAAACGAUCCAGGGGGCCCCAACAGGGGAGGUAACACCAAAUCCCCGAUUUAACAGAGGAGCUGCUAACCUGCCUCACGAUGACACUAACCGCCCUGCGGAGGCGGGGCUGUCAAACUUACGAAGGGUGAAUCUGAGAUUUACAGGUCCUAGUCAGAUGAUUCGAAAUGUUGUACUGCACUUUCGUGGGAACAGAAACAAUGCGGUGGCUCAGGAGAGCGCUAGGUCAAUAUCGGACAGUCCGACAGGUGGUGCUAAUGGGCUGUCAAAUACAGCUGAGAUAAGGGUUGAGGAGAGAUCUCAGUUCAACCCAAGUAACACAGGUGAGAACAGGGGUGGAAGGGUUCAGGCUUCUGAGGACACAUCUGCUGCUGCACCUCAGAUAUUAGAGGAGGAGGUUAGACCACAGAUGGCCGAGGAUACCGAUGCAAAACCUGAGUCAUCACAGGACCCAGGUGUAGCACCUGUGUCAUCUGAGGCCUCCAUUGCAAGACCGGAGAUGCUAGAGGACCUUGCCGUAGGACCUCAAGUGUCAAAGAAUACCAGAGGAAGACCUGAGUCAUGCAAGGACCCUGGUGUAGGACCUCAGAUGCCUGCAGACCCUAAUGCAAAACCGGAGACAUCUGAGGACUCUCGUGCGAAACCUCAUGUGUUUGAGGAUUCUGGUGCAAGAGCACAAACAGACGCUGUUCCUCCAGACAUCAGUUCAUUGAACGAUCUGGUAGAUAGUCAGUCCAAUAAUUUAAUAGAUAACCAAGCUACAGAUUUGAAAGACAAUCAACAAGAUGGUACGCCGCACACAGAGGGUCAACAACAAAGGGAGAUAACUGGUGCAAUCCAAACAGGAGAGCCAAAUCCAGGGACCCCUGUGUGAAAGGAAAGCUGUAUGUUCAGGAGUGUAUGUAUAUACAUAUAUGUGUGUAUAUUACAAGCAUCACAAGAGCAACUAUGGGUGAUACUGACAGCCUUUCCCCCAAAUUUCCUAUUCCCUGGAAUGUGAACUGUGAUGAUGUUAAUGAUUUACCAUACAUGGAAUAGGUUUUAUUA